CAAGGUCAGCACAGGAAACCAGGUCAGCCGAGUUGCACCCUGAAGGUGCCCAUUUUUCCUUCGGCUAUGGAGGGAGCCAAAGGGUACUGGGAUGUUUGGCUUCAGACACUGCGAGGAGAGGUAAAAUGAAUCCCCCUGAAUUGUCACAGAGGCCAGGUAGGGAAGAGUUAUCUGUUUCUGUUGCAUGUGCUGCCAUUUUCCAACUUCAUUCUUAAAGGCUUCAAAUGCAGGGCAGAUUUCUCAGGCUACGCCACAUUUCUGGUGAGUGCAACUGCAUUUUCAGCACGGGCUGAGGACAGAUGAACAGGCAAAGAAGAGCCCACAGGCUGCGGUCUGCUCAUGUCCAAAUCUGUGCUGGGAAAGCAGUUGCUUUUUCUGUAUAAAAUAUGUUGCUGUUCCUAACAAAUCUUGCUGCAUGUCCUUCCUCUGCUUCCUGGGAUAACUUUUCCCCUUAUAUUGCUGCUCCUGUAGUCCUGCCAGGAAUGACACCGCUCAGCAGCUUGUGCAGGACAUCGCGUGUGGGACUCACCACAGAAAGGAUGCCAGGAGGAAGACUGAGAAGUGGUUAAAGCCUCAGCCCAGCAUGUGAGAAGAACUUUUCCCAGACUGUUGCAAGGCGGCAGGCACUAGGACCUUCAGGACGUUACAUCUGCAGCCCAAACCAGAAGAGAAAUCAGGAAAUAACGCAGUGUCUCUUUCUGGGACUAUGCCCUUGAAAAUAAAGCUUUGCUGCUCCAUGUGAAAGGGAGUUUAUUCUCCAGGACUUUGGGAUUUUGAGUCCAGACGUAGCUGCGAGCAGCUCCAAGGCAUCGCUGCCACCAAGGCCCUGCAUGGACGUGGCUGGGAGGUGACAUCGGGAGAGGACGGGGAGUCCCUGAUGCACUGACGGCCAAGCAUGUCCGGGAAACACUGGCCCCCAGGCACGCAGUGCGUCACCAAGCACGACCAUAACAAGCCCAAGGCUGGCGAGCUGGCCUUCCGCAAGGGAGAUGUGGUCACCAUCAUCGAGGCCGUGGAGGGCAAGGGCUGGUACCGCGCCAGGCACAACGAGAGCGGGCAGGAGGGGCUGCUGGCGGGCAGCGUGCUGCGGGAGCGCGGCGCCAUCCGCGCUGACCCCAAGCUCAGCCUCAUGCCCUGGUUCCACGGGAAGAUCUCAGGCGUGGAGGCGGUGCAGGAGCUGCAGCCCGCCGAGGACGGGCUCUUCCUGGUGCGCGAGUCCGUCCGGCACCCUGGUGACUACGUGCUGUGCGUGAGCUUUGGCAAGGAGGUGAUCCACUACCGCGUGGUGCACGAGGAGAACAUGCUGAGCAUCGACAGCCAGCACCGCUUCUACAAUCUCAUCGACAUGAUCGAGCACUACACGAAGGAGCAGGGAGCCAUCUGCACCAAGCUGGUGAAGCCCAAACCGAAGACUGGGAUGAAGUCAGCUGAGGAGGAGUUGGCCAAAGCCGGCUGGUUGCUGAACCUGCAGCACCUCACGCUGGGAGACCGCAUCGGGCAAGGCGAGUUCGGAGAUGUCCUGCAGGGCGAGUACAUGGGGCAGAAGGUGGCUGUGAAGAACAUCAAGUGUGAUGUGACCGCCCAGGCCUUCCUCGCUGAAACUGCUGCCAUGACGAAGGUCCGGCACAAAAACCUGGUGCGUUUGCUUGGUGUCAUCCUGCACAACGGCCUCUACAUCGUCAUGGAGUUCAUGAGCAAGGGCAACCUGGUGAACUUUUUGCGCACGCGGGGCCGCGCGCAAGUCCCUACCCAGCAGCUCCUCCAGUUCUCUCUGGACGUGGCCCAAGGCAUGGACUACCUGGAGUCCAAGAAGCUGGUGCACAGGGACCUGGCUGCCCGCAACAUCCUCAUCUCCGAGGAACAUGUGGCCAAAGUGAGCGAUUUUGGCUUAGCCCGGGUCAAUCCCAAGGGCGCAGACACCACGGUGCUGCCCGUGAAGUGGACGGCUCCCGAGGCCCUGAAGCACAAUAAAUUCUCCUCCAAGUCGGACGUGUGGAGCUACGGGAUCCUCCUGUGGGAAGUGUUCUCCUUCGGCCGAGCACCCUACCCCAAGCUGAGCCUGAAGGAGGUGACAGAGCUGCUGGAGGAGGGGUACCGCAUGGACCCCCCCGAGGGCUGCCCACCUGCCAUCUACGCGCUGAUGAAGAGCUGCUGGGAGAUGGAGCCGGGCAAGCGGCCGUCCUUCAAGAAACUCACAGAGAAGCUGCAGAAGGAGCUGAAGCACCUAAGGGAUGUUUAACCUGCGUCCUGAUCCCAGAACCCAUGGCCUGAAGCCCCCCAGACCCACCGGGGUAGGGAGCAGCAUGGAAAUGAGUGGCUGGGCAACCCGUGUGCUGCUUUCUCCCAGAGAAGAUGAGGCAGUGGUUUGGCAGGGUGCCCUCCUCCCCUGGGGGGGGCAAAGAGGAUGCAACAACCUCCCACCAUCCCCGUAUGGGUUUUUCACCCAGCCACACUUGGGGCCACCUGGAGCGGCGGCAGGGACCCCAACCCGCCAGGCUGCAGGGAGCGGCCCCGCAGGGGUGCUGUGCCCAUGGCCCCCUGUGGGGUCCCUUUGACCCCCCCCCCCCCUCAGGUAACGGCGACAGGACGGGACAUCCCAGCCUGCUGGAAAAUGAAACCCCGACCCCGGCAGAGCCCCGUGCUGGCACAAAAUGGAGGCCCCAAACACAGCCAGCUCAACCGCCUGGAUUUGUGUUUGUUUGUUUGAUUGAUUGAUUGAUAUUUUUUGUUUGUUUUUUUGAUUAAAGCAAAGAAAUUAGUUC